AUGAGCAGCUUCCAAGCACACGUAGCGAAGCUGGCGCGGGCGGCGGAGACUGUCUCUACCGGUGCCGAGCAGGGCCCCCCUGCUGUGGCGAUCCCGCUGAGCGAGGCCGCCCACUCGCUGCCGCCACACAUAAUCGCCGCGACCGACCCAGUCAAGCUGAACAAGCAAGCCCCGAUUUUUCGCUGUCCUGCAUGGGCCGGUCUUCCGUCGCAGCCUUUCCACCUCUACUGUUUGCGGGGAAAAGUGCCGUAUCCCGCUCUGGGGCUGCAACGAUUUCCCUACUAUCUGUUUGGCAAGAACUCAGUGUGUGACUACGUGCUGGAGCACCCCUCUAUCAGCUCCAUGCACGCCGCGCUCAUCUUCAACAAGGAGCACGCCUGCUUUGUGCUGCUCGACCUGGGCUCCACCAACGGGGUGCGACUGGAGGGGAAACGUGUGGAGCCGCGCAAGCCGAUCCCCAUCGCGGUCGGGUCGGUGAUGCAGUUUGGCUACAGCACGCGCACCUACGAGCUCCGCGUGGGGGCACCACCGCCGCUAAAGCGUCUUCGCGAAGACGGUGACGAAGGCUCUGGAACGCUACGGCACGCGUCGAGCUCGGCAUUGACGGGGAGUGCACACUGUGGAGUAGACGAAACGUCGCUUUCCGCUGCUGUCGUCGGGACUUCCAUCUGUCCGACGACAGCGCUAAGUACCGCCGUCACUUCGGCCACUGGUACCACUGCAGCUGUCUCGCCGGCACCCGAAAGGCAGGUGGCGGGGGAGCCAGCAACACCCGCUGCAACGGUAGAGGCGGGCGCUUCCAAGGACCAUAGUGCUCUCCCUGUUGCUAUUGGACAGACAAUCGAGCCUGCAGCGAUGACCCUAGCGCAGGCAACUGUGAGCGCCGCCGGUGCCUCACUGGCAGAAGAUGUGGCAGCCUCUGCAUCGACGGAGUACGCCCCCAUUCACCUCUUCCAGCUCGUUAUCAAGCAUAAGGACGUCGAAAACCCCGUCUCGCGCGGGCACAACAAAGGCGAGAUCAUCACCCGCUCUCGUGCCGACGCACUCGACAUGGCGCGUUACAUUCUGGCCGAGCAUCAGCAACGAGUGCCAGUCUCCCCGGCGCUUGGCUUUUCGCCGUGGACUGCCGAUGAGUUUGUCGCCACUGUUGGCGAGUACUGCGAAGUGUCAGCAAAGAAGAAGCGUGGCGAUCUCGGAAUGGUUGAAAAGGGCGCCUUCGCGGAUGAGAUCGACAAGGCGGCGUUCAGGCUGCGCUGCGGGGAGGUGAGCGCACCAGUGGAAACGCAGCUGGGUGUGCACCUCUUGUAUCGCUGCGACUGA